CACGCUUUCCAACAACCAAAUUCCUUUCCCUCCACAAUCAACCUCCCCUAACUUCCAAUUUAUAUUUAUACAUUAUUCAUUAAUUAAUCCUACCUUCUUUUAUUUAUUUAUUUACAUAUAUACUUAAAUUACCGCGCGAGGUUUCUCUCUCUAAAACGUUAUUUUUGAUCCCAACAACCGAAGAAAACAAGAAACUAACGCCUUGCGAGAAUCAAACCACGAGACUUGCGUUUUCCUUCGUUUUUCAAUUUUCAGUGGCAUCUUCAGUUUACUUGCAAACGCCAACAACAACACGAUACAUUUUUAGCUCAACGGAAUCGAUUAUUUUCCUUGUUAAUCUCACCGUCACAGGCUUCCGUAACUACGUCACCGUCCAAUCAACUAAGAGAUUGAGUUUAGGCUUUUUUCAGGUUGCUCCGCUGUCGACGAUUCCUUCCUGUGUGGCGGUGAUGUAGCGAUUUAAAUCCUUUCGCCUACGCUGGAUGUGUAUAGGUGUAAGAUAAAUGCGUGUCACCGGGGAUCUAGGGUUUUCGAGCCUGGUCCUUGUGGUGGUUUGUGUCGUGUUGCCAGUGAUUGGCUUUGUAAUUCGCCGGAAAUGGAAGCUUGCGGUGGCUAGAAAUGAAGAGAUCAAUAGGCUUUUGAUUUUGGCAGCUGAGGAAACUGCUAGGGCAGAGACAGAGGCGUCCGGUGUGUACGGCACGGUGGUUCCCGCCACUUAUAACUAUCAAUGCGCUCUCUGCUAUUUUCCCGCCACUGCGCGCUGCGCUCAGUGCAAAUCCGUUCGCUAUUGUUCUGCUCAUUGCCAAACCGUUCAUUGGCGUCAAGGUCACAAAUUUGAAUGCCAUCCUCCGAGCAAAACUCAUCAAAGUGAUGGUGUAAUAAGUGAUAUUCACAAGAGGGAAGUGGUGCAAGACUACACUGGUAUUCGUGAGGAGAAAUCUGAAAGCGGAGGGGCAGAGUGUAAAAUACCCUCUGAAGAUACCAGCUUUUCUCCUGAGGUUUCAUUUGGAAAGGAUGAUAAUAUUAUAUCUGGGUCACUUGCAGAGGAAAAGUUAGCAGACUCGAAUACCGAACUAUCCAGUAACUCGUUUUCUAGAUUUUCAGCUUCCACAACCUGUAGUGAUUCAUCUGAUGAUUCCUCUGUUUGUGAGAGUAUCAUCUCAAAUGGGCAUGGCAGAUCUGAGGGACAUAUUUCUGUUGUUCCCAACCUUGACAUUCCUGAUAAAACCACCAGCGAUAGCAGGAUGGAUUCAGCUGUAUCUUCUUCACCAAAGUUUGCUAGUUUGCUUGAUUCAAUUGAUGGUUCUUCUACAAUUCAUAAAUUAAAUAAUAAUGCACAUGGUUCUAGUAAAGAAGAGAGGAGGCUUGCAUCAAAUGGUGCAUCAGGCUCGAGCAUGUUGAAAGGGGUGAAAAUUGAGUCUUCUGGAUUCUGGGAUCAAGCUUUUGAUUCUGGAGGGAUUAAAGUUGAGACUAAUAAUGACAUUUGUCCAUCCCAUUAUGAUGAAUCCACCGGUGAAAAGACUGAUUCUGGAUUGUCAUUUCGCUUUCAUUUCAGCCCCAUGCCUCCUUUGCAUGUACGAGAUACUGAGGCUAAGGAAUCUUUGCCCGAUGACACUCUUCAAAACUCUGUUGGGAAGAAUAAGAAAAAUCUAGGAUCAACAUCUUCUGAGUAUGACAACAUGGAUUCUUUAAAGGCGAAAAACCUCUCAUUCAUCAUCGACGAUGGUUCCAAUUUUAUGAGCAAUAUUCCCAGUGGUUGUGAAUCUAAAGACAGCUCUAAGCCACCUCUAUAUUCCUUUUCCUCCCGAUCCCCCAAUGUUGGUAAAGAUCAAUGUUCUGCUGAUGCUAUGAACAUCAAUAACUUGCAAUCAUCUGUCUCUGUGGCAUCAAAUCACGUCGUGGACAAUCAUGGCCAUACCUUGAAGUCCACCGAUAUUAGAUGUCAGCCAUUUGAGCUUGCUGAUUCUAAAUUAGCUUCUACAACUGAAGGACAUUCUCAGCACGGUACAGAACAUAGGAAUAAUGGCAUAGAAAUUGGGACAGUCACUUCUUCUUAUGUUGCUAGCUCUUCUGCAAAUUCCAAAAGUGGCUUGAAAACAUCUGUUUUAAAAGUCGUUGAUCAGUUUAGAGGAUCAAAUUUGUCAAAGCACAUUCCUUUAGCAGUUGGGAGUGAUAUUGCUGGAAAAUACAAUGACAAGGGUCUUUUUCCGUACGAAUUAUUUGUCAAGCUUUAUAACUUCAACAAGGUGGAGUUGCAGCCAUUCGGUCUUAUAAAUUGUGGAAACAGUUGUUAUGCUAAUGCUGUACUUCAAUGCCUAGCUUUUACACCACCCUUAACUUCUUAUUUGCUUCAAGGUCUUCAUUCUAAAUCAUGUGCAAAUAAAAAAUGGUGUUUCGUCUGUGAAUUUGAAAGUUUGAUUUUGAAGUCAAAGGAUACAAAAUCUCCACUAUCUCCAAUGGCCAUACUCUCUCAACUGCAGAGUAUUGGGAGUCAUCUUGGUAAUGGCAAAGAAGAAGAUGCACAUGAAUUUCUAAGACAUGCUAUUGACACAAUGCAAUCUGUUUGCCUUAUGGAAGCUGGGGAAAAUGUAUCGGGUUCGUUGGAAGAGGACACUACUUUAAUGGGUCAAACAUUUGGAGGCUACCUUCGAUCAAAGAUAAAAUGCAUGAAAUGUGGUGGGAAGUCUGAGCGUCAAGAAAGGAUGAUGGAUCUAACUGUUGAGAUAGAAGGGGAGAUAUCAACACUGGCGGAGGCUCUUCGACGGUUUACAAGCACUGAGACUUUGGAUGGAGAAAACAAGUACCACUGUGUCAGAUGUAAAUCGUACGAGAAGGCCAAGAAGAAGCUGACAGUUUCAGAGGCACCCAAUAUUCUCACAGUUGCAUUAAAGAGAUUUCAGGUAUUUCACAUGUUAAAUUUAAAGACAAGAUGUUAUUAUCUGCAUUUUCUGCAGACUGUAUAUGCAGAGUUUAUCUCAUUUGUUGAACAUAUGUUGCAGUCUGGAAAAUUUGGGAAGCUCAACAAGCCUAUUCAAUUUCCAGAAAUACUUGACCUGGCGCCUUUCAUGAGUGGAACGAGUGAUAAGACACCCAUAUACAGAUUGUAUGGAGUGGUUGUUCAUUUGGAUAUUAUGAAUGCUUCUUUUUCGGGUCACUAUGUGUGUUACUUGAAGAAUAUCCAAAACAAGUGGUUCAAGGUUGACGACAGCGUGGUGACAGCUGUUGAAUUAGAGAGAGUCUUGACAAAAGGAGCAUAUAUGCUUUUUUAUGCAAGGUGCUCUCCAAGGGCCCCAAAAUUAAUUAGGAACAGGAUACUAUCCCCUGAUUCAAAAAGCAAGGUCAAUGGAAAGUCUCUUACAACGAAACCAAGAUUUAUGUCGUCAAAUUCUGGUGCAGCUGAAUCCAUCAGUAGUUCAAUAUCUCCAGAUGGAUCACCCACCUUGGAGUCUUUCUAUUCAAAGUUUCACCACCUGAAAAGGAUUUUAGAAGAAGACUCGUCAAGCGACAGUUCAUCCCUUUUCAGCAGCAAUUCUGAUGAAGGUUCUUGCAGUACUGAUAGCACCCGUGAUUCAACCAGCACAGAUGACUUCUCCGAUUAUAUUUUUGGUGAUUCAGGGCAUGGAUGGAGUAACGCGUGGAGGAAUUCCGAUUCUGACACAUCCUCAUCCUCCUCAUCUCCCUUGAAUUGUAGACAUUCGCCCCUAUCCGAAAUGGACAAGUACGAUUCAGUUUCUCCAGACCCCACAGGUUCAAAUGCGAAGGCAGAUAGUCCUUUAUUCAGUAACAAACGGGGGGAUGUUGAGCGGAGGGGUGGCGGUAUUUCUUAUUUGCAUUCUGACUCAAUUUUACAGCAUAGAAAAUUAGACAGUAGUAGCAUUAGCAGCAAUAGUAAUAGUAGGGACGCUGACUCGUUUCUGAAACUAGGAUCUAACCAUUUUAAUGAUAUGAACUCUGGUAUAUCAUGUAGAAAGUCAAGGAAAAGAACUGAUUGAAAAUUUUAUCUUUAGGGAGCCCCCUGAUGAAGUAAAUAAUGAGGGAUGUUAGCUACACCAUUUUGCCAAUGACUUAAACUAAAUGUAGAUACAUUGUAAAUCGCCGUAAGUAUAUUUUUAUAAUAAAAUCAUCUUUUAUGAAUUA